GUUGUUUGCUUCCUCUCUCGCUCUUCGUGUCAUUUUUCCUGUGUUUGAUCGAGUGAAAUUUCCUGUCGGUUGUGUUAUUUCUGAAAGUUGCAGGAAAAUACGACUUUUCGGGUGGAAAAAUUAUCGAAACAGUGUUGUUUGGUGCUAGGGGAUAAUCUGUGAGGUGUUAUUUUGUGGUUUUCUGUGUUCCCUGUAAGGAAAUUGCCGAUCGAAAAUUUUCCAAUUGGCAGCCAUUUUCUAAGUGCUGCGAUUUCUUUGCUUUAUGCUGGUGUUGUGGUUUUUCGAGCUCAAAGUCGAUUCGGAUUGAAUUUGAUGCGGGAGAAGUUGUAAAUCGAGAAUUAUUGAUAGUGUAUAAGUGAGUAUGGCGAGUCCAUCGCCAGUGAACAGCCCAAUGCCUCCACCACAAGCUCCGAGUCCAAUGGGGCCACCGUCGCAAAGCCCUGCACCCUCUCCUUCACCGCACAGUCCGUAUCAACCGCCGCCGGGCCCACCGCAAGGCCCUCCUCAUAUGGGUCCCGGACAAGGACCACCGCAUCCGCAUGGGCCACCAGGUCCACCUCAAGGUGGACAAGGUGGUCACAUGCCGAUGCAGGGACCGCCCCCUCAACAUGGACCACAACCACCCAAUCCGCACGGUCCUCCGCCUCCGCAGCAUGGACCUCCACAUAUGAAUGGACCACCACCACCAUCUCAAGGACCAGGAGGACCCCAAGGACCGCCGCCUCCCCACCAUAUGCAAGGCCCCGUGGGACCUGGAGGACCCCCUGGACCACCACCACAGCAUAUGCAACAACAUCCCCCCGUUCCCCAUCCUCAGAUGGGACAUUCUGGACCACCACCAUCGCAACCCCCACCACAUCCAGGAAUGUUACCGCAUCAGGGUCCUCCCAUGCCGCCCGGAAUGGUCCCCGGAGGUUAUCCACCCCACUCUAUGCCACCCAAUUCGGGCCCUCCUCCGCCGGUUCCGAUGCAACCUGGUGGGCCGGGUGGCCCCGGUCAGGGCAUGUCUGGUCCUGGUCCCAGUAUGAUUCCCGGAGGUCCACCCCCACCAGGGCAAGAAAAUCUAAGCGCUCUUCAGCGAGCCAUUGAUUCAAUGGAGGAAAAAGGUCUUCAGGAGGAUCCACGGUACUCGCAAUUGCUAGCACUGCGUGCCACCUCCAAACAACAAAACUUGAACGCAUCCCAGUUACACCAACUGCGAGGUCAAAUUAUGGCAUACAGGCUUCUGGCACGUCAUCAGCCUAUUAGUAAAAUGCUCGCAACUCAAAUUCAGGCCCAACGGGCGGAUGGAACACCUCCGCAGUGUCCAACUCCACCGGCAAGUCCAUUCCCGGGGCAACAGGGUGGUCCGUCUCCACAACCGGUCAUGCAACAGCAGCAACCACCACAACAAGGUCCUCCCCAGGGACCUCCUCAAGGUCCCGCAGGAGUACCUGGUGGUAAAUCGGGACCACCGGAGUUAGGAAAGCCCCCUGUUGGAGGCAUGCCUCCCACACAGAGUCCAAUGCCGGGUAUGACAAUGGGUGGACAACAACAGCCACAUCCACAACAAAUGGGAGGUCCAGCUGGCCCAGGUGGACCGGGACAGCCACAAAGGCCAAACUCUCAAGGACCGGCCGGAGCAGGACCACGCCCGGCAUCUCAAGCUCCCACAGUUCAACCAAUUCAGAAGCAGAAUCGAGUUACAACCGUUGCUAAACCAAUCGGACUGGAUCCAAUUACUAUUCUUCAGGAGCGAGAAAAUCGAAUGGCUGCUAGGAUUGCGAUUCGUAUGGAGGAAUUGAACAAUCUCCCGGCAACUAUGCCCGAGGAUAUGAGAAUCCGGGCUCAGAUUGAGUUGAGGGCUUUGCGGGUGCUUAAUUUCCAACGACAGCUCAGAUCGGAAAUUGUUCAAUGCACUCGAAGAGACACGACUCUCGAAACGGCUGUUAACGUAAAAGCUUACAAACGAACCAAGCGUCAGGGAUUACGCGAAGCCAGAGCCACCGAGAAACUCGAGAAGCAACAGAAGUUGGAAGCGGAACGUAAGCGUCGUCAGAAGCAUCAGGAGUUCUUGACUCUUGUCCUGCAGCAUGGCAAAGAUUUCAAAGAGUAUCAUCGUAAUAAUGUCGCCAAACUGGGCCGCCUCAACAAGGCAAUCAUGAACUAUCACGCAAACGCGGAACGCGAACAGAAGAAAGAACAGGAGCGUAUCGAAAAGGAACGUAUGCGACGUCUGAUGGCCGAAGACGAAGAGGGUUACAGAAAGCUUAUCGAUCAGAAGAAGGACAAACGGUUGGCGUUCCUGCUGUCCCAGACCGACGAAUAUAUCGGAAAUUUAACGGAGAUGGUGAAGCAACACAAGGUCGAUCAGAAGAAAAAGAAAGACGACGAAGAAGAGCGCAAGAAGAGGAAGAAGCGUAUGGUUCUCGAGAGUGGCGACAUUCAGAUGCUGGAUACAGACUGCGAGGCGCACGACUGUCGUGUUACCGUGAUGGAAACUGCCACCGGGAAGACCAUUACCGGGGACGAUGCUCCGUACUUGAGAGAUUUGUAUGGCUGGUUACAGUGUCACCCAGGAUGGGAAUAUGUCGUGUCCGAUGGGGAGGAAGACGAAGACGACGAUGAAUCGGAUGAGAAGAAAAAGAAGAACGAAGAAGAAUUUGCGGAUGACAGUAAAACGAAAGAGGUCAUCCAGAAGGCGAAGGUCGAGGAUGACGAGUACAAAACUGAGGAGCAAACUUACUACAGUAUUGCACAUACCGUUCACGAAAGAGUUACGGAACAAGCUUCGAUUUUGGUCAAUGGAAAACUUAAAGAAUAUCAGAUAAAAGGUCUCGAAUGGUUGGUUUCAUUGUUCAAUAACAAUCUAAAUGGAAUUCUGGCUGAUGAGAUGGGUUUGGGCAAAACUAUUCAAACAAUCGCUUUGGUCACUUAUCUGAUGGAGCGAAAAAAGAACAACGGACCCUAUCUUAUUAUCGUCCCGUUGUCUACUCUUUCUAAUUGGGUUUUGGAAUUCGAAAAGUGGGCUCCAGCGGUUGGUGUCGUUGCAUACAAAGGUUCCCCCGCUGGACGUCGUGCAGUUCAGAAUCAAAUGAAAGCUACUAAAUUUAACGUUUUGUUAACAACUUACGAAUACGUUAUCAAAGAUAAGUCUGUGUUGGCGAAAAUUUCCUGGAAAUAUAUGAUCAUAGACGAAGGUCAUCGUAUGAAGAACCAUCACUGCAAGUUGACCCAAGUGUUGAACACACAUUACAACGCCCCUCAUCGUUUGCUUCUGACCGGAACACCGUUGCAAAACAAACUUCCCGAGUUGUGGGCUCUGUUGAACUUCUUGCUGCCUUCGAUCUUCAAAUCGUGCUCUACCUUCGAGCAGUGGUUCAACGCACCAUUCGCGACCACCGGUGAAAAGGUCGAGUUGAACGAGGAAGAAACGAUUCUUAUUAUUCGACGUCUGCACAAGGUACUGCGCCCGUUCUUGUUGCGUCGUCUCAAGAAAGAAGUCGAGUCGCAGUUACCGGACAAGGUCGAGUACAUUGUCAAGUGUGACAUGUCCGGUUUGCAACGGGUACUAUACAAGCAUAUGCAGAGCAAGGGUGUUCUGCUGACCGAUGGUUCCGAGAAGGGUAACAAAGGCAAAGGGGGAGCGAAGGCUCUGAUGAAUACUAUCGUGCAACUGCGCAAACUAUGCAACCAUCCGUUCAUGUUCCAACACAUUGAGGAGAAAUAUUGUGAUCACAUUGGCGUCCAGGGAACCGUUACAGGACCUGAUCUAUACCGGGCGUCUGGAAAAUUUGAACUAUUGGAUAGGAUUUUGCCGAAGCUGAAAGCUUCGGGACAUCGCGUGCUGCUUUUCUGUCAGAUGACACAGUGUAUGACCAUUAUUGAGGAUUAUCUCUCCUGGCGUGGGUUUGGCUAUCUUCGGUUGGAUGGUACAACGAAGGCAGAGGAUCGCGGCGAUUUGCUGAAGAAGUUUAACGUCAAAAAUUCGGAAUACUUCGUGUUCUUGUUAUCCACACGCGCGGGUGGUUUGGGUCUCAACUUGCAAACUGCAGACACUGUCGUAAUCUUUGACUCUGAUUGGAAUCCCCAUCAGGAUUUGCAGGCCCAGGAUCGUGCCCAUCGAAUUGGUCAAAGAAAUGAAGUGCGUGUCCUGAGAUUGAUGACAGUGAAUUCAGUCGAGGAGCGUAUUUUGGCUGCUGCGAGAUAUAAGUUGAACAUGGACGAGAAGGUCAUUCAGGCUGGUAUGUUCGAUCAAAAAUCUACCGGCAGUGAGAGACAGCAAUUUUUGCAGAGCAUCUUGCACCAGGAUGAGAUGGAUGAAGAGGAGGAGAACGAGGUACCGGAAGAUGAAAUGAUUAAUUUGAUGAUUUCUCGCUCGGAUGAAGAAUUAGAGUUGUUCAAGAAAUUGGAUGCACAACGGAAGGCGGAAGAAACUAAACCAAGGCUGAUCGAAGAAUCGGAAUUGCCCGAUUGGUUGGUAAAGGAAGAGGAGGAAGUCGAUCGUUGGGACUACGAGGAAGAUAAUUCAAUUCUUGGUCGUGGGUCGAGACAAAGGAAGGAAGUUGACUACACAGACAGUAUCACCGAAAAGGAAUGGUUGAAGGCAAUCGACGAUGGAGCAGACUUCGAUGAAGAGCUAGAGGAAGAAGAACGGGAGAAAAAACGGAAAGGUCGCAAACGUAAGAGCAGAAAAGACGAAUCGGACGACGAAAGCAUCAUUUCCACGGUGACUAAACGCAGAAAGGGAACCACCCAUCCAAAGGUUAAGAAACAGUUGAAGAAGGUGCUUGAUGCCGUGAUCAAAUACACCGAUGCGGAAGGUCGUGUUUUGAGCGAACCAUUCAUGAAACUCCCAUCCAAGCGAGAACUUCCUGAUUAUUAUGAAGUUAUUAAGAGGCCCAUUGACAUCAAAAAGAUUUUGACUCGAAUUGAAGAGGCGAAAUACGCAGAUUUUCCCGAUAUUGAGAAGGACUUCUUUUUGCUGUGUCAAAAUGCACAAAUUUACAACGAAGAAGCAUCACUUAUUUACGAGGAUAGUUUGGAGUUGCAACAGGUGUUUACCAACGCAAAGCAGAAGGUUCUUGAAAGUGCCGUAGAUGAUGAUUCUGAUGAUGAUGAUGACGAUGAAAACUCGGACGAGGAAUCGGGUAGUGUAAAAAUGAAGCUGAAAAUCUCGAAAGCUGGCACUUCAUCAAUGUCGGCGGGUAGACCGAAAGGCACUCCGGGCCGGAGGAAACGUUCACAGAAAAAGUAUACCAUUUCGGAUGACGAUGACGAUGAUAUGGAUUAAGUGGAAAAACACAUGUGUAAGGCCAACACCAUAGCCAGUAAGCUUACCAUCAUUCAUUUGCACUCUUAUUAAAUACCAAUAUUUAUGGAAGGUGUGAGAUCCAAUUUUGAAGAUUAUGCAAAAUGAAAUAUUGUAGCAUCGUAGAAAAUUGUAUCAUUGUUCCGAGCUGGCUGAAACAGUACUAUUUCAUACGUAUCUGUAUUGCAGUCGUCAAUACAGUUCCGAUAAAUUACAUGAACCUUUAGAAAAAAAACAGAAAAAAACAUUGAGAAUGUAGUAUGUUUAUUCCAGAGUUUCAAGGGCGCAAUUUUGGAAAUUUGAUUCCGAAUCUAAUACUUUAUCUGAUAUAACUUAUAUAACAAUUGAUUGCUUGUAAUAUGUAUUCAUAUAGCUCUACAUAAUCUAUGAAAUGAUUUAAUAGGUGUUUAGUAUAUUUGCUACAUUAGGCAGUAGUGGAAA